UGUUGUUGUCAUGUGAUCGUCCUUACGGUUAGUGUCAAAAUGCAGCAGCAGCUCCGUUUCACUUGAAGAGAUUAGGCGCCUUUUAACUGCAGAGAAAAGCUGUUUUUCGCCGAGACUUUUCUUAUCAGCAGAGAGAUAUUAAACAGUGGCUGUGUUGUACUGACGGGACUUCUGCAGCGCUGUUUCCCUCACAUUGCUGGCUAUUGCUGCUAGCGGUUAGCUGUUAGCUAUGUCUGAACUGGAGGAGCAGGGAAGGAAACCCAGUGAGGAGUCCACAGAUGAGUCCGAGGAGGAGGACAGCGAGGAGGAGCCCAAAUUGAAAUACGAGCGGCUGGCCAAUGGAGUGACGGAGAUUCUGCAGCAGGAUGCGGCUAGCUGCAUGACUGUGCAUGAUAAGUUUCUGGCUCUGGGCACUCACUUCGGGAAGGUUUUCCUAUUGGACAUUCAAGGAAACGUCACCCAGAAGUAUGAGAUUAGUUCAGUGAAGAUAAAUCAGAUCAGCCUGGAUGAGAGUGGAGAGCAUGUGGGAAUCUGUUCAGAGGAUGGAAAGGUGCAGGUAUUUGGCCUCUACACCAGGGAGGGCUUCCACGAAAACUUUGACUGUCCCAUCAAAGUGGUGGCGCUACAUCCUCAGUUCAGCAAGUCAAACAACAAGCAGUUCGUAACUGGAGGAAACAAGUUGCUGCUGUACGAGAGAAACUGGCUGAACCGCUGGAAGACGUCCACUCUGCACGAGGGAGAGGGCACCAUCACCAAUGUCAAAUGGAGGGCCAACCUCAUCGCCUGGGCAAACAGUGUGGGGGUCAAGAUCUACGACAUCAGCAGUAAGCAGCGCAUCACCAAUGUGUUGCGAGACAAUACAAGUCUAAGGCCUGAUAUGUACCCCUGCAGCCUCUGCUGGAAAGAUAACACUACACUCAUCAUUGGCUGGGGAUCUUCCAUAAAGAUGUGUGCCGUGAAGGAGCGAGACCCUACGGAGAUCAGAGAUUUACCCAGCCGCUACGUCGAGAUUGUGUCGGCGUUCGAGACCGAGUUUUUUAUCAGCGGACUGGCUCCUCUGGCUGAUCAGCUCGUUACUCUUUACUUUGUUAAAGAGAAUUCUGAGCACAUGGAGGAGGAGUUCCGAGCACGGCCACGCUUGGACAUCAUUCAGCCGCUGCCGGAGAGCUGUGAGGAGAUCUCGUCUGAUGCUCUGACCGUUCGCAACUUUCAGGAGAACGAGUGCCGUGACUACAGACUGGAGCACUCUGAGGGAGAGUCUCUGUUCUACAUCAUCAGCCCUAAAGACAUUGUGGUGGCUAAAGAACGAGACCAGGAUGACCAUAUCGACUGGCUGCUUGACAAGAAGAAAUAUGAGGAGGCACUGAUGGCAGCUGAGAUCAGUUUCAAGAACAUCAAGAGGCACGAUGUUCAGAAAAUCGGGAUGGCCUACAUCAAUCACCUGGUGGAGAAGAAAGACUAUGACACAGCUGCUAGAAAGUGUCAGAAAGUGCUGGGGAAGAAUAUGGAUCUGUGGGAGAACGAGGUGUACCGGUUCAAAACUAUCGGACAGUUGAAGGCCAUCAGUCAGUACUUGCCCAGAGGAGACCUGCGUCUCAGACCUGCCAUUUACGAGAUGAUCCUGCACGAAUUCCUCAAGACUGAUUACGAGGGUUUUGCCACACUGAUCCGUGAGUGGCCAGGAGAGCUGUACAACAACAUGACUAUAGUUCAGACUGUGACGGACCACCUAAAGAAGGACCCCACCAACAGCAUUCUGCUCACCACUCUGGCGGAACUAUACACGUAUGACCAGCGCUAUGAUCGAGCGCUGGAGAUCUACCUGAGGCUCAGACACAAAGACGUGUACCAGCUCAUCCACAAACACAACCUGUUCUCCUCCAUCGAGGAUAAGAUCGUCCUCCUCAUGGACUUCGAUAAGGAGAAAGCUGUUGACAUGCUGCUGGAUAAUGAAGAUAAAAUAUCGACCGACAGAGUGGUGGAAGAGCUGAAAGGCCGGCCUGAGCUGUUGCAUGUGUACCUGCACAAGCUGUUCAAGCGAGACCACCACAAGGGCCAGAAGUACCAUGAGAGGCAGAUCAGUUUGUACGCAGAGUAUGACCGGCCCAACCUGCUGCCCUUCCUGAGGGACAGCACCCACUGCCCACUGGAGAAGGCCCUGGAGAUCUGCCAGCAGAGACACUUUGUGGAAGAAACGGUCUUCUUGCUGAGCCGGAUGGGGAACUGCAGGCGGGCGCUGCAGAUGAUAAUGGAGGAGCUGGGAGACGUGGACAAGGCCAUAGAGUUUGCCAAAGAGCAGGAUGAUGCUGAACUGUGGGAGGAUCUCAUCUCUUACUCUAUAGAUAAACCACCCUUCAUCACAGGGCUGCUAAAUAACAUAGGAACCCACGUGGACCCCAUUCUCCUAAUCCACCGCAUUAAGGAAGGCAUGGAGAUCCCUAACCUCAGAGACUCGCUGGUCAAAAUCCUACAGGACUACAACCUACAGAUCUUGUUGCGAGAGGGCUGUAAGAAGAUCCUGGUGGCUGAUUCGCUCUCCCUGCUGCAUAAGAUGCACAGGACACAGAUGAGAGGUGUUCGGGUAGACGAGGAGAACAUCUGUGAAGCAUGUCAUGUAACAAUAUUACCAUCAGACACAGCCCAGCCCUUCAGCGUGGUGGUCUUCCACUGCAGGCACAUGUUCCAUAAAGAGUGCCUCCCCUCCCCAGGAACUAUUCCUGGUGGGCAGUACUGCAACAUCUGCAGUGCUAAGCGCAGAGGCCCCGGCAGUGGCAUUCUGGACAUGAAGAAGUAACAUCAUUGACCCAGCGACUCCUCCGAUUCUGCCGUGAGCUACACCUGCUGUGCACUUGGCUUCCCAAAUUACUAAUCGAGUUUAGCUUUGAAAGCCGCACUGUUUAAAAUAAAUCUCAACAUUAAAUGAA